AUGGCAACACCAGUCACAGCGGCAACAGCCACCGGGGAAAUAAGGAGGGCCAGAGCAUUGGUUAGAGGAGAAGACAAGGAUAGGCCCAGGAGUAAAUGGCAUCCAAUAAGCAAGUUGGAUCUCGCUGUGGAGAAUGGCAAAAAAGAAAACAAAGGGGGGGAAGGCUUUCAAAGUGAAGAAGAAUCCUACCAUCUGGAGGAGGUUGAAAACAAGAAGCCUGGGGAAAAUGUUAGGAGGGGACAAGUCAGGUGACUUGUGCCUAAUUAUUGAUGGACCAUACCUAAUAGACAUGUUCAUCGAAAUGAAGGGGGAGAGGAUGUUUUGAGAUUUGUAGCACAGGCGGUGGAAAUCAGAAGACUGACUAAGGAACAAUAUAUGAGGCCUUACAUGUGUUUCCAAACACCAGAACCUGAAAAUCAUUAUGACUUUUGCCUCAAACCUUGA